UUUUGGAAAAUGAUAGAAUCACGUCAGAGCAAUUCGAUAUCCCGCAGUACCCAGUUGAAUAUUCAGAGUUCACUUUAUAUCUGUAUGCGUUGGAAAAAUGACGUGUUAAUGUUACAAAGAAGGAUAACAAAGACUAUUCCAUAAUACAUAUAAAAUGGGUCGUGGAUUUCAACGAGGAAGAGGUUUGGAAAAAGGUCGAGGAAGACACCAGGCUAAGUAUGCUAGAAAAAAAAAUAUCUAUAACAAAUAUGAUGGGUUUCAAAGAGCUAGAGGUCGCGGUAUUUCGGAAAGAGAUCGAGGAAAAAACCAAGCAAAGUAUGUAGGUGGAAAAUCAGAUACGUCGCUCAUGCAUAAGGGAAUAACACAGCACGAUAGACCUUUAAAUUGCUACACAGACCUGGACAUGCCUGUCGAUGAGCCGGAGAACACUUUAGAGGACAUACGAAUAGGUAAUCCUAGGUUAACGCAUGAAGUAGAGUUGGAAAGAAGAACAGAAGAGCAACAGCAUGAACGUUCUGUUUACAAUGGCCAGAGAACAGAAUUGAGGGGCAAACGGGUAAACAAACAGAACCAAACGCACGAAAGAAGAACUGAUUACCAGAGAGAUGCAGUAAGCUGCAAGCUGUGAACGCUUUUCAUGGAGAUCUGAGACGUUACAUACGUCAAAAGAAAUGUAUGCAGUUUCCUGAUAAUGAAGACAGACCAAUGCGAUCUGGCCAUGACACGGAUGAUCGAAAACACGAAGAUGUCAUAUCCUAUAAAAGGGAUCGGUCGAUCGACGGAAGAGAAGAAGACAGACCAGUUGGCUGCUUUGACAUAAAAUCAAACGAUUUAUCUUUCGACCAAGAUUGUUUGGCUAGAGAAGGAAACGAUAGACAUGUUCAUGAACUUAAUUUACAAAUUGACAGAGAUGACAACGUACGCGAUAAUUACAAUAAUCGGUUGAAUGACAGAAAAUCAAACAAGAGUCAUCUCGAUGAACGGAAUAGUUUGCAUGACAAAAUAAAUACCAACAGUUCAAAUUCUUCAUAUGGAAGUCGACAAAGUUUCAAAGAAAACCUUGACAUGCAUCAAAGCCAUGAUCGAGAUUUUUCAAUCAUAAGACAUUCAAAUUUUGGAGACCAUGAAAGCAAUAGAAUGUACGGAGAAAGAAAAAAUAAUGAAAGUCAAAGUACUUUGUAUGAUGACCGUACAAAGUCUUAUGAAAGAGAUGAAAUAAACAGCAGGCUUUUUCAUGAACGAUGUUUUCCUAUUUACAGACAUGGAGAAGUUAGCGAUGACGAAGGUAUAAGAUAUUUUGAAAAAAGCGGUAAAAGAGGCAGUUCUCAUGGUUCAAAUUAUGACUUUAGGGGAGGGAACAACGGACGAAAAUAUAAUACUGAACGAGUAUUUAAACGAGCAAGACAUGAACAUAUAAGAGUUGAUGAACGUGGGCAUGAAAACUUAUUGCAUGUAAGAGUUGAUGACGAAGACAUGUUCUUGCCAAGACGAAGCCCCCUCAACCCCGUUAAAGAUUAUAGUUUGAAUGGACACUCAGGACGAAACGACGCAGUAAAACAUGAAACAUACAUUUCCAAAUGGGAUGCUGAAAAAUACGAAGCUAGAAGGCAUAUUAAGGAAGAUUCACAAAGAGAAAGGCGAGAAGAUUUUAGAAGUUUUGACAACCACUAUUUUUCAAGUCGGCUCAGCGGAUAUGAUCAAGUACGUGACCCACAUGUUGAAGUACGUGACCCACAUGUUGAACAUGUUACCCACAUGUUGACAGCAAACGAGGAGGGUAGAGGAUGUGAUAACAUGAGAUUCGACGACCGAAAUCAUUUGCCGGAUGCUUAUUUAAAUAGUUCUGAUGCUGUACCGCUUGAUCACAUGAAGAAUUCAGUUAAUGGUUUCGGUGAAGGGAAUAGCAGCUCUCGCGACCUAUAUACUGAAAUAAGAGACCAGUUGAGUGUCGAAGAGCUUCAAAGAGGUCAGACUGGUGAUCCAUUUAACGAUCGAGUUUUUUUGAGUAAUGUGCAACGCAAAAUACACGAUGAAGAACUAAAAAUUCACACAGAACUUCGCGACUUUUACACAGACACUGAACUAGAGGGGAACAGAAGCACUCAGUCUUGUUUAAUUGACGAGACUUCAUCAGGGAAUCAUUGUCCAGCGGAAUUGUUACAGACACAGGGUGGUAGUCACGCAUCACGAAAACGUAAAAGAGAUUUUGAUUCCAAAAUUGUAAAGAAUACCAACCGAAAACGGAAGUCACGUUCAGAAAUUAGGAAAGGUAUACGAACUAAUGAAAACGACAGGAGAUCGCCAGCCGGUAAUGAUGACCAACGGUUUAUUACGGAAGAGAAAACGUUCGUGCAAAAAAUGUUUAAAGACACUGGUAUCAAAUUUAUAGACGAUGGAAUUGAAAUUCCAAAGUAAACAUCAAAAUCUGUCAGACGUAUACGAAAACCACACGGCACGAUCAUGUUUGUAAAGAUCUUCAUAUCUGCAAGUUCUUCAUGAUUGGGCGAUGCAAUAAUGGAAAUGGAUGUCCUUUUUUGCAUGAUCUUCGUCAUGUUCGCAAUAAUUUAGUUUUAAAAAGAAAGAGCAUUGACAAACUUCCGGAUAGCAUCGUGCUUGAACUAUGCAGGCACAUAGAAAACCGAAACUGGACCACACUUCCUAUCGUCUGCAAAUUCUAUAAUAAUGAAGGCGCCUGCAAGCAUGGCGACGGAUGUCAACAUUUACACAUUUGCAAGUUUUACAUCGAGGACGACUGCAAAUUCGGCGAAGCAUGCAAAAGAAAUCAUAAGUUUCAAAGUUUGCAGACGAGAAAUGUACUAGAAAACUUCGGUAUUGAAAAUAUUCAAGAGGAAGAAAUAAAGUUCAUCAUGCAGAUGGCUGUCAACAAUAGGCGUGCGUAUGAAGUGAAACACGGCAGCAAUAGUCCUAUCGCAAUAGUCCUAUAGAGACCUUUUUGACGCACACUUUAGAUAGAAGUGGACAUUUUUUCGAAAUAAUCCAUAUACAUAUUCAAAACAAUAAAGAAACAAAACACCCACACACAACGCAACAAACACAAUAAAAACCACUAACAUGCAUGCACGCACGCAAUCACACACACACACACUCAACGACAAAAAAGUUUAUACCAAGAACGAUUGUUUUAAUUCCUUGCAAGUAGCAACAUAAGAUAGAUAGUUACACGUCUAGAAAGAAAUUAGUUCCAUUCGUAUGUAAAUAUGAAACAUAACAAAGAAAAAUUUAACCUACUCCUGCACUGCAUACGUAGGUGUUAGCGAUAUUUACUUAUAACUUUUAAUUAUAUUAUUGAAUUAUUGAUUUGAAGUCAUUUUAGUCAUUUGUUACUUUUCAUACAAAUGAAAGUAACGGGACUUAUAUAACAGUAACUUAAGUACAUUUGAUGGACAUGAUAUAAAUUAAAAAAGUUAUUUUCAUUCAUUUCGUUUUCAUGUUUAUUUGUUUCUUAAAUCUAAGAUGUCUCUUUCAAUAUUGCUCAUGCAAUCUUUUUUGCGAUUUUUUAUAAAUGUUAAUAGUUAAAUUACUAAUAAUGUAUAAUAAUUAAUAAUGUUUAAAUAUAAUGAUUUGUUUUACCAUAUACAUAUGUUUAUUUUUUAAGCACUGUAAGGUCAAACGCGAUUUGAAGAAUAAGGGGAAAAUGGCCGGUAAGUUAAUGAAGGUAAAGAAUGAAAAUACAUGUGUCUAUAAUGCUGUAUAUUAUAACAUAAAUUGCCUGCGAAUGUGUCCAUCAACUAAACUGCAUCUUUUGGUGAACACCGGGUGGAUCUACACUGAAGUUUGAGAUUGAAGAUUUCUCCUGGCGAAGACUUUUCUUCUUCAACGGUUGAAGGCGCGGUUGAAGGCGUAUUCUAUUUCAGCGAGCAAUUUCAUAAUUGAAUGUUAUAAAUGUAAAAUGCUCAACUCUGUUACACAAACCGUGAUGUAACUUUUUUGAAAAUAAUAAAGGAACACGUCGUUUUGAUGCUAGGAUUCCCUUUAAGUGAAAAAUAGUAAUUGCAUGAAAGUGUUUCGUGUGUACGAACUUCGGUAUUGACAAGCGAACGAAGACGCAGUGGAUCAGCCUACGCUCCGAAGACCCACGAGACAAGAGGCAAAAACCCUGGCAUAUGAUACUUUACACACAUAAAUAUAUGGUACAGAGUUAUAUGUUGUUAGAUUCAGUCUUUUGGCCUGUGUUCAUCCAGUCAUGUACUGUAAUGCCGUUCUUGUAUUGUCCAGUAAGAAUGUGAGCAAUGCAAUCAUCAUGAUUUCCUUAAGUCAGAAAGUAACAAAUAAUACGUGCUAGAGAUUGCAUAUCCCGUACAAUGUCGACUUUUAAAAUUGGUCUGUCGCAAGACAAACUUUAUCAUACUUAGCAUUUCAAGUAAAGUCAAUAUUUUACUUAUUAUGGAUCAUUCGUCCAAUCUGAUGAGAUUGAACAUAUUAAACUUGUAUUUUUUUCUACAUCAAAAGAGGAACAUUUUUAUUACUGUGAUAAUGUAAACGUGCAUUUUGGAAUAUUGUAUUGGUGGUCGCAAUGUUCUGACAUGUUGUAAUUCUAAAUCAUUUGUGAAAGUUUUCUGUUCUGUGUAUAUAAAUAUUCCUGCCUAUAUACUUUCGGUCGUCUACAAAUAAAACCCCAAACCUUG